AUGUCGCGAAACUUUGCAUUGUUUGUUCUUUUCGCUAUUCUACUUUGCAGCUUCUCGACAGCGAUUCCUCUUCGGAGUCUGUUCCUCCGAUCCUACGACGACAUCAAUCAAGAAAGUAUUCCAAAACAGUACUUUGAACCUCAGGAACGUGCUGCGAACUUUGUUGAAAAUGGAGAUAACAGAGCUAAACGCGGACUUGAUCUUCUGAAGCGACGAGUUGAAAUAAUCGAACGGAAUCGAUGCUUCUUCAAUCCCAUAACAUGCUAUUAG